CAUUCGAGUGGUUCAGCAAGUCCGCCGACAAAGGCAACUCGUAUGGACAGUGGAUGGUUGGGUGUAUGCUACUACUGGGGACACGGAGUCAUCGAGGACGGAACCAAGGCAGUCGAGUGGGGUCGUAAGUCGGCCGAACAGGGCAAUCGACAAGGACAGUACCGACUCGGUGAAUGCUAUAGAGAUUAUGAAUAUAUACCUGAGGACAUCGAUGCUGCCGUCCUCUGGCUCCGCAAGGCCGCCAACCAGGACUUCCAGCUUGCCAUCGACAGCCUCAAGGAACUCGGCAAGUGGCAUUGAUCUCUGUGUUCGAUUCUCAAGUACCACUUCCAAAUAACCAUGACUCAACACUGAACAUGCAAACAGCCAGAAAAAAUUGCACUUUCAGCGUCUC